AUGAAUCCUUUCUUCUACAGUGAUGCAACUUUCAAUCAACCAUCAGUUGGGCAACAAUAUUUCGUUCCACCUGGGGAUGAUAGAAUUGCACACGCCGGAUUUAUUUUUGGACAGCCUCAUCCUCAGAACGAACGCUGGUGGACUCCACCUAGGCCAAAACGACUCGCGAUAAUAAAUCCCAAGGAUAAGAGUGUCGUCCUUGAAGGAUUCAUUGCAAGGGAGAAUAAGGUUAUCGAAGUCAUCAAAAGUCAAAACGCGUGCACGGAACAAAUAAUUGAACCGUCGAAAAAACAACAGGAAUACGUGCUUCCCACACCCGAUCCCGACAAUCUUGCGACGAUCGAGUCAUCAAGUGCACCCCAAAGGCCCACGAACAAGAUAACACCAGGCAGAAUGGCACUCAUAGAGUUGCUAAAGCGAGAGAUCGCCAAAAAAUCUGCCCAGCUCCGGAAAGAAGAGGUCGUGAACGCUAGAGCAAAUUAUGUUCCACCGUUUGCCCCUCCUCAUACAUUAAACUAUCGUUCUUUCAAAGUUCUCAAAUUAAGAAUGGGUCAACAACAUAAAGACGAACCUAAUGAGAGCAAAACUUUGGGUGAACUAACAGAAACAAAAAUGGACGAAAUCGAGCCUCUAAAAUAUUGGAUCUGUAGCACCGCGGACGAUCCAUCAUUUCAAUGUAAAGUUAACGAUUGA